UAACAAUCCUCGUGAUAGUGCAUAAAUACAACAUUGAAAACUCACAGGAAAGCUGGGAUAUAUUCGUAUCGGAUCUGGGCGACUUUAUAAAUACGAAGUAUAGACAAGCACGUAAAUGUGAGAGGAAUAUAUCAUCGAAUUAUACAGAAAAACGUAAUUUAUAUCUGACCUAUUUGCCGCUGCGCAGUAGUCUUUGUGUUUACAUCAGCAAAGUCGCCAUCUUGUCAGGUCGGAAACAAGCAUAAUCGCAGCAGUCAUAUUUCAACAUUUACGACGAUCACGAUGAAGUGGCAAUACAAAGAAGAGCAUCCAUUUGAGAAGAGGAGGGCCGAGGGGGAGAAAAUCAGGAAGAAGUAUCCUGACCGUGUCCCAGUCAUUGUUGAGAAAGCCCCUAAAGCCAGAGUAGGUGACUUGGACAAGAAGAAGUAUCUGGUGCCAUCUGAUUUAACAGUCGGACAGUUCUACUUUCUCAUCCGCAAACGUAUCCAUCUCCGCCCUGAAGAUGCACUCUUCUUCUUUGUCAACAAUGUGAUUCCCCCAACCAGUGCAACCAUGGGAGCUCUUUACCAGGAACACCAUGAGGAGGACUUUUUCUUGUACAUUGCCUACAGUGAUGAAAGCGUCUAUGGAGCAUAGGGAUACUGAUUCUCUACUUUUGUAAAUAUUUCUCAGCUCUCUAAUAUCACAGCAAAUGUCAGUGUGCAAGUUGUAACAUUGGAACAUUUCAAGCCGCUAGUGUUCUGUUUCCACUCACAGCACUCUGCCAUUCGUCUUUAAUUUGUUCACUUUCAAGAAAAGUGUGACCGGUAUGAUACUGGUGAAUGGGAUUUUUGUUUAUUUUGGACAUAUUUAAACCUUGUAUUAAUGGGUCAUAUAUAUGAUACAUUAGUUUUUGGAUAUUCCAAAUUAUACGUUUAUUUCAAAUAAAUCCCCCAAAACAUGUUGCAGGCAGUAGUGUUGUCUUUUCUUUGAGUAUUUGUAACAGCAAUCCAUGUUGAUAGCUUGUCUGAAAUGGAUGAAAGUAGGACUUUCCCAAUAAUGAUGGAUACCAUUGUUCCAGUAAAAAAAUUCUCAAGCUCAUCAAUCAUGAAGAUAAACGUUUGUCAGAACACUUCAAGCAGUGGUAUUGCGUGAGACCUAUACCGAUAUUAGCUGUUUGUACAAAAAAUGAAAACAGAACAGUUAAAAUGAAGAAUCCCCCCCCCCCCCCCCCUUCCUUUGUGUUGAUGUUAUACAUUUUAUCAUCACUGUGUAGCUUUUAUUGUAUUUUAUUGUUCAUGUGAGAUUUUAUUGUCUUAAUUGUGUACAUAGUUCUAUGUAUGUUCUAGGGUUUUGGGCUAAGUUAUUUGGACAGUUUAGUUAAGUUUAUUAAAGGUGUCUGUUGUAGAAAAAAAACCACUUUUAGUUUGAGUGAUGUUUGUGUUAUGAAUCAAGACAUUUGUAUAAUGGGGUUAUGAAAACUUGCUUGUAAACUAUUCUAAUCGUUUUAGCUUGAAAUAAACUAUGUUCAAAUGCAA